AUGGGUCAGCGCCUCAGUGAGGAAAAUGAUGACAAAGAGAUUGAUGUGGCUGAGCUGCAGGAGUGGUACAAGAAAUUUGUGGUGGAAUGUCCCAGCGGAACCCUUUUUAUGCAUGAGUUCAAGAGCUUCUUCGGCGUUCAAGGCAACCAAGAGGCUGCAGACUAUAUUGAAAAUAUGUUUCGGGCCUUUGACAAGAAUGGGGACAACACCAUUGAUUUUCUGGAAUAUGUUGCGGCCUUGAAUCUUGUGUUGCGGGGAAAGCUGGAGCAUAAACUGAAAUGGACUUUUAAAAUGUACGACAAGGAUGGGAGUGGUUGCAUUGACAAAACAGAACUGAAGGAAAUUGUGGAGUCUAUCUACCGCCUAAAGAAGGCCUGCCACGGUGAAUUAGAUGAAGAAUGUAACCUUCUGACCCCAGAUCAGGUUGUGGACCGGAUAUUUGAGCUAGUGGAUGAGAAUGGUGAUGGUGAACUCUCUCUGGAUGAGUUCAUUGAUGGAGCACGCCGCGAUAAGUGGGUCAUGAAGAUGUUACAGAUGGAUGUCAAUCCAGGGGACUGGAUUAACGAGCAGCGACGCAGGAGCGCCAAUUUCUAA